AACUUUCCUCUUUUCUUCUUCACUCGCUCUUCCCUUUAGGGAUUUUUUCUCUCUUUUCCACGCCGCUCCAAAAAACUCCCGAUCUCUGGAGAUGGAUCGAUGUUCUACCGGUGCUCCUGGAGGAUUUUGAUUUCUUCUUCGAGCUGUUUCUUUGUUUGAUUUUUUUUUCUCCGGAUUUUACAUGAUGGAAGAUACCCAGUCAGUUGCUUCGCUCAUGGACUCCUCCAUGUCCAAGAUUCAGCAACUCCAGAAGGCCUUUGCUGAACUCGAAAGCCAGCGUGCCAUUACACUGAAUCUUAAGUGGAAGGAACUUGAGGAGCAUUUUCAUGGGCUGGAGAGGUCACUGAAGAGACGGUUUCAUGAACUGGAAGACCAGGAAAAAGAGUAUGAAACCAGAACAAGGAAAGCCGGGGAACUGUUGGAGAAGAAAAAGGCAGAUGUGGACGCCAAGGAGAAGGCUUCACUGGAGAGGCUUCAGAAGAAGAGAGAUGCCGCUAUGCUUGCCAUAACCAGUGCUUUGGAGAAGUACAACAAUACGCCAUCUGUAGAGCCUACUGGUCUAACCUCUCUCGGUGAAAGUCGGGUCGGUAAGGCUGCAGAGGAUUCACCUGAUGGCUAUAUUGCUGACGGUACUGUGGAAGAUGUUCAGAACUCUCCCGAGAUGGGAAAUUUUGAAGUGAAGGCUUAUCCUCAGUUACUGAAACUCUGUGAGGACAUGGACUCUGUUGGGCUCCAUAAAUUUGUAUCGGAUAACCGUAAGAACCUUGCAGUGCUUAAGGAGGAGAUUCCAUUUGCUUUUAAAGCUGCAGCAAAUCCAGCCAGCUUGGUUCUUGACUCUUUGACAGGGUUUUACCCUGUGGAGACAAAAAAUUCUGAUGGGAAGAAAGGCUCGAACCUAUUGGGUAUUCGAAGGACCUGUAUCAUGUUGAUGGAGUGCCUUAGCAUUCUGUUAUCUGGUCUGGACCCAACUUCACUCGCUACUGUCCUGUCAGGAGAUAUUAAGGAGAGGGCAAAGACUAUUGCUGAUGGAUGGAGGCCGAUGCUAAAAACUCUUGACGUUGAAGAUAGCAAUGGGAAUUCGUUGGAGGCUCAUGCCUUCUUGCAACUGCUGGCAGCUUUCGGCAUUGCUUCUGAAUUUAAGGAGGAAGAACUCUCCAAGCUUGUUCCAAUGGUUUCUCGACGUCGUCAGGCUGCUGAGCUGUUCCGCUCCCUUGGGCUAUCAGAGAAAAUGCCUGGUGUGGUUGAAGUUCUUAUCAACAGUGGAAGGCAGAUCGAUGCGGUUAACUUGGCUUUCGCGUUUGAGCUCACUGAACAAUUCCCGCCUGUGGCUUUAUUGAAAUCCUACUUGGCCGAGGCAAGAAGAGCUUCUUCCCAAGGCAAACCAGGCAAUGCAUCUCCCACUGUUGAGGAUGAGUUCAACGAGCGAGAGCUCGCAGCCCUGAAAGCAGUAAUCAAGUGCAUCGAGGAGCAUAACAUGGAGGAGCAAUACCAGGUAGACCCACUUCAAAAACGGGUCAUUCAACUCGAGAAAGCGAAAGCGGACAAGAAGAGAGGAAUCGAACCCACCAAACCCCAGCCGAAACGACCACGUGCAAGCCACGGUGGUCAGCCCCGAGCCGCAGCUAACCCAGCCAACGGCGGAGUCCUGGACAGGUACACGCACUACGUGUACGAGAACAGAGCUUUCCUCAACACAGCACCGUUCAUGGCUCCUCCUCCAACGUACGCAUUCCACAACGGGAACUUGUACGGGAACUGCUACCAGUACCAGCCUCCUCCUCCUCCUUACUUCCACUAAUCCACUGGCUAAUGAAGGGAAUAUGACUGUACUCGUAUGGGCAGUUUUUUUUAACCCCUCUAGUCCUUACGUCCUUUGAUGUUUCUGUGUACGGAUGGUUUUAGUAUUUGCUGUUGCAGGACCAAACCCCCGCCAAAAAAAAAAUGGACAAAUCCCUAAGGUUGUUAACUAUAUGAUAUAUCCUCAAAAUGUUGUACAAGUUGAUACUAUGGUACCGCCGUUGUUAUAUAUUUAUAUAUACUCUUUUUUUUUAUGUA